CUGAAGAGGCUUAAGAUGGCUUCGGAACCCCCGGAAGAAAGACGAGGCGAUGGCGUGAAGAGUUUUUCUAUACUGGACAUUUUGGCGCACAGUCCCCGGACACCGCCGCGUAUUGUGAGGCCGUGGGAUGCGUCUGGGUUUGAAAGGUUGCAGCGGUUGCAGCGUUUGGCGGGCGCGGCUCUGUUGGACGGAGAGCGGUGGAGAUUGGCAGCACUAGGGCUGCUAAGACCUCGAGAGCUGGCCCCAGCGGAGUGCUGCGAUUCGGCGUCGGAGCGGUCGUCGUCGGCCUCCGACUGCUGCUCGGAACCACGCCGUGUGCAGCCGCAGGCCACCGCACCGCACACACCGCUCGACGCCCUCUUCCACAUGACCAGCAAGACCUUCGAGGCGAACAAUGCUGAUAAUGGAGAUAGUCAGUCGAAUCACCUAAACCUCUUCAACUCGCGGCCGCAGCCCAAGAAAAAGCGAAAAUCACGAACAGCAUUCACAAACCACCAAAUCUUCGAACUGGAGAAACGGUUCCUGUACCAAAAGUACUUAUCACCAGCGGAUAGAGACGAAAUUGCAAGUUCACUCGGCCUUUCCAACGCGCAAGUCAUAACUUGGUUCCAAAACCGACGCGCGAAGUUGAAACGAGACAUGGAGGAGUUAAAAAAAGACGUGGAAAGUGCAAAAGUCCUGUCCGCUCAUAAGAGUUUCUUAGAAAACGUGACGGAUCUUGGGAUUUUGAAGAAAAAAGCCAUGAGCAUAGGAGCCAGUGAGGAGGCAGCGACAAAUCUUGUCGUCAAUGCGUCAAAAUGAAACGAGAUUUCACGCGCGCACGGUUUCGAGCGACGCGUGCUCGAUUUUUAAAAAUCGAACUGGACAUUUUCGAAAUUCGCAUUGAAUUUAGAAAAAGAAAAAUGUGAAUAUUUUUUUCAAAAUGGAACUUUUUAGUGAUGUUGAAAAUAGAAUGUUCUUUACUUAAAU